AUGAAAUAUUUAUCAAAGUUAGCCAUUUUAGAUGUGUCUGGAAUAACAGGGACGUGUGAGAUGCCUUUAAUUUCAAACAAAACUUUCCAAUACUUGCGAUUUCUCAUCAAACUCGACAUAUCAUUCUGCAGAGUAAAACAUAUACAUGUGGGUUCGUUUUCUUUCCUUAACAAAUUACAAGAACUAAUUAUAUCAGAAAACAGAAGACUUUCCUUCAAGGUACUGAAAAACGUAACAUAUGACCUGCAAUUCACCUCUAUCAAAAUAUUUAGAUUUGAGAAAAUCCACUGCAAGUUUGGAAUGGGCACACAAAUUCGGAUUCACGACAUUAAGUACCUAAGGAACACAACUAUCCAAGAAAUACAUGUUGGUGGAAAUAGAAUUGAGCGGUUUGAAAAUGGAUUAUAUCAGUAUUUUCCAGACACAUUACGAUUUAUCUCGGGCCCCUAUAAUGCAUUUACAUUCGGUCGAUACUUGAUAGAAACAUGUAACUUUGCAGAACGUAUUUCAGAAUUAGACAAGAUCUGCGAGUCAUUCACAGGUUUGAUUGCAGUCACAACGUGCUGUAUUGUUAUAUUUUUGUUUGUUUUAUGCUUUGGACUUGCGUAUAGAUACCGCUGGAAAUGUCGAUACCUGUAUUACAUGAUCAAAAGUAGAUUUCAUGGAUACCGGGCACUGCGGAGCGAUCAUUACCGAUACGACGCCUUCAUAUCGUACGCCGAUGAAGACCGAUCUUUCGUUGUUUCAAAAUUCAUCCCAGAGUUAGAGGAACAGUCGGGAUUACGUUUAUGUCUACAUAAUCGAGAUUUUCUUCCCGGUUACGACAUUGCAGAAAACAUUCUAACGGCUGUACAACAAAGUAAAAAAACAAUUGCCAUUUUAUCUGGCAAUUACGUCACAUCCUACUGGUGUAUGUACGAACUGAACAUGGCAAGAAUGGAGGGCAUCUACUCAAGAGAAGGAGAAGAUGUCUUGUUUCUUGUUAUUUAUGAUCACAUGCGUUACGAAGACAUUCCGCUAACACUAAUGGAUCUGAUGGAAAAGAAAUCCUACAUUGAAUUUCCUAAUGAUGAAUAUGGCGAUGUUGUUUUCUGGAAUAAAGUGAGGGAAACAAUAGGACAUCACUAAGCUGCAAAACUUUGACUAUCGUGCCUUACAAUUUCGAUUAUGUGAUCAGUGACCCAGAAUGGAUUGCAUGAUCCAAAAAAAAACGUUUAGUAAAUUUGAAAUUAAAAAACAAAAUUCAAAGCAACAUCAAAACUUACGACAUUUCAACACUUUACACAACCUUCAUUCUUUACAAUGAAUUCACGACUAGUUUUUUUAAAAAAUAAUAUCCAUUUGUUUACUUUUUCCUGUAAAGUUUGUUUUUAUGAGUAUUUUUAGCAUUGUUCGUCUGUCCAUCAACACUUUCUCUGUGACAUGACAACUCAAACAGUUUUCAUUGUACAGUUUUCAAAUUUUGUACAGAAAUAAUUUACAAUAAGUGGAGGACACCUAUAUAUUUAGGGUCAUGUAACUUUGUCUGUAUGCAUGUCAUCAUCUUUGUUAUUAUGAACACUUUCUUUGUGACACGAUAACUCAAACAGUUUUUAUUAUACAGUUUUCAAGUUUUGUACAGGAAUAAUUUACAAGAGGAGGACACCUAUAGAUUUUGGGGUCGUGUUACUUUGUCUGUAUGCAUGUCAUCAUCUUUGUUAUUAUGACUAUCUAUUUACCACUGU